AUGGGCGAGUCGACGAAUUAUCAUGGUAAUCACAGAACGGUAGCCAGCCGGUACCGAGAGGUCAGACCGAUGCCACGAGAUUGCGGCGUGCAAGGAAAGGUACCACGGCGCGGUGGACACCGCGUGGCCGUGGCACUGCCACGUCCAGUGGUAUUCUCGCCUCCGGUGUUCGUCCCACGGAAAUGGCUUCUGACAUCUACUCCGCAUACGGUGAUCAACGAGGAUCCCGAGCAAUGCAAAGAGCGGAAAUUUCAGUAUUCGAACUACGUAAGAAUGGGAACAUGCCCGAAACAGAUCUGUUUGGGAGACAGAUUCUUACCAUGUAGGCGCGGUUACAGUUUCGAGGCGGCUCAUUAUCUGUUAACGCAGGACAAUAUAGAGGAGGAUACGAGUACAAUAGACGUUUGUAAACAGGUUGAUUCGCUGAAUGUUAUGUAUGGACGUGCAGCCCUACGUGCAGCGAUCAUAAAAGAAGGUUUUAUACCAGACAGAAUUUUAAACUUUAGCGAUCCGACGGUACGAUCUCAGAAACCGCUGUAUCCAGAAUGCGAGAAGAAGGGUAGCUGGAAAUGUGCGCCGCGCAAGAAGAGGCUAAUAGGAAGCGCAGAGAAAAUGUUAACCAUAUCCGUGUGUGAUGAAAUCUAUACGAUCGAUUGGAGCUGCAACGACACGAUUGCCGUGGGCUUUGACAUCAUGGUGGAGAUACACAAAUGUAAAAACGGCGUGAUGUUGUCGUCGUACACUGCUGAAUCGCCCUACAAGAAUUAUAUUAAAACCAUUAAAUUUAGCAACGACGGCAGUAAAUUGGCGAUGCACUUCCGCUCUUCAUACAUCUCGACGCUCAUGCUGCACGAUUUGGAGAAUAAAUUCUUGUGGGACACUUUUUGCAAAUGUUUCGUCGAAACCGUAAACUAUUGCACUGUCAUUUGCAUUUGCUGGUCUGCUUACGAUCGUCAUAUCCUUACCGGAUGCACUUGUGGCAAGAUAUCGGCAUACGCGUCUGAUACGGGUAAAUGUCUGUGGUCCAAAUUAGUGCACACAGCCCCCAUCUUGGUCUUGAGUUUCUCGCCGAAUUUCAAAUAUCUAGUGUCGAGUGGAAAGGAUAAGAUCGUCCGAAUAUUUUCCUGGCCGGAGUUGAUCCCUUGUUUCGAUGUCGAAUUCUUCAAGAUCGUAGAGGCGGUCGCCUGGCAUCCGCAUGUGUCUGGUCUGCUUUGCAUAGGCGGAGGGAGGAACGGAUCGUUGUCAUUAUGGAACGUCAACAAUGCCACGAUGACGGCCUAUGUGACGCCCAAGUUCAACGGUCACGUGAAAAAUCUCGCUUGGAAUAAGUUGAGCGGCGAGCUGGUCGUACAUUGGACUUACAGAGAGGGGAACAAACGAUGCACCAUCGUUCCUGUGCUCGCCAAUUUCAAUCGGAUCGUCGAUGUGCUGCCACUGGAUAAUAAAAUCAACUUCUUGCGAUUCAACGCCACGCACGAUCAACUGAUAACGUGUAGCGGUACGGUCUUUUCAAUAUGGAAUUUUUUUGGCAACGAGAAGCCAAUUCAAAAACGGUGUGUGCCUCUGUACAAUUCCACUCGGUGGAGACAAGGAGUCAUCGUCCAUAAUCCGAUUCGAUAAUUAUUUGUAUACUAAGCGUUUUAGAUGAUAUCUAUAAUUUGUAAUAUGUAUAUAAUUUUUAC